GGUGGGGGUCGGGGUUCUUCCACAGCCGGCAAGGGCACCGAGCGCUCGUGUGGGAUCUGCAAACACCGGUGCUGUCUCACGGACAAGUAAACUGGUCUGUUGCAAGAGUGGCUGAGAGGGCAGGCCCUGGUGCUCCCCUGGGGCCCCCAGCAGCCCCAGAAUGGGGUAGGGGUAAGGGCAGGGGAGGCAGCUGCCUGCCCCCAUGCCCUGUCCGGCAGCACCUGGUGCCUGGCAGAGCCUGGCGACUCAGCCCCCCUGCGCUGCACGUGCGUGCGAUGCACCAGGGCAGAAGGCAAUCGUUUCCCAUCUGUGUCCUGUGCGGCAGCUGAGCCCUGUGCUGGCCCCGCUCAGCGCCCAGUCCCAGCGCUGCCGUGUGCGGCAGCCACUUCGGCUCCAGCUCUCACUGGGGGAGAGUUUGGGGGACCCCCGUUCCUGCCCGCGGCCCCCAACGCCCACCUGCCGGGAGGUCGGCAGCCAGCUGCCCACAAGGUCGCCUGUCCACACUGGCUUGCUCUGACGGUGGAUUGAAGCGCACCGGUGCUGGUGCAGCAGCCAGCGCGACGGAGAGUGGGCAGGCGAGGGACCCCACGGCGGGCAGCCGGCACAGCGCUCAAGCCUCCAGGGAUGGCUGAUAAGUGCAGCGAGGGGCUGCUGAACGGCGCCGUGCCCGGGGAGCGGGGCAAGCAGGACAAGAGCGUCAAGCGCGGCAACUGGGGCAACCAGAUCGAGUUCGUGCUGACCAGCGUGGGCUACGCCGUGGGGCUGGGCAACGUCUGGCGCUUCCCGUACCUCUGCUACCGCAAUGGGGGAGGUGCCUUCAUGUUCCCCUACUUCAUCAUGCUGGUGUUUUGCGGCAUCCCCCUCUUCUUCAUGGAGCUCUCCUUCGGGCAGUUUGCCAGUCAGGGUUGCCUCGGCGUCUGGAGGGUCAGCCCCAUGUUCAAAGGCGUGGGCUACGGGAUGAUGGUGGUGUCCACGUACAUCGGGAUCUACUACAACGUGGUGAUCUGUAUUGCCUUCUACUACUUCUUUGUGUCCAUGACGCGCGUGCUGCCCUGGACGUACUGCAGCAACACCUGGAACACGCCCGACUGCGCGGGGGUGCUGGACGGGAACCUCUCCAGCCGCACCGCCCUCAACCUCACCCGCCUCUUCAACGCCACCCAGAAGCGCACCAGCCCCAGCGAGGAGUACUGGAGGAGGUACGUGCUGGACCUGUCGGACGACAUUGGGAACCUGGGCGAGGUGCGGUUGCCCCUCCUGGGGUGCCUCGGCGUCUCCUGGGUUGUCGUCUUCCUCUGCCUCAUCAAGGGCGUCAAGUCCUCGGGGAAGGUGGUGUACUUCACGGCCACCUUCCCCUACGUGGUGCUCACCAUCCUCUUCGUGCGCGGCAUCACGCUGGAGGGGGCCCUCACCGGCAUCAUGUACUACCUGACGCCCCAGUGGGACAAGAUCCUCGAUGCCAAGGUGUGGGGUGACGCGGCCUCGCAGAUCUUCUACUCGCUGGGCUGCGCCUGGGGUGGGCUCAUCACCAUGGCGUCCUACAACAAGUUCCACAACAACUGCUAUCGGGACAGCAUCAUCAUCAGCAUCACCAACUGCGCCACCAGCGUCUAUGCCGGCUUUGUCAUCUUCUCCAUCCUGGGCUUCAUGGCCAACCACUUGGGGGUGGAUGUCUCCAAGGUGGCCGACCACGGCCCCGGCCUGGCCUUUGUCGCCUACCCUGAGGCCCUUACCCUGCUCCCCAUCUCACCUCUCUGGUCCAUCCUCUUCUUCUUCAUGCUCAUCCUCCUGGGGCUGGGCACACAGUUCUGCCUGCUGGAGACGCUGGUCACGGCCAUCGUGGACGAGGUGGCCAACGAGUGGAUCAUCCGCAGGAAGACCUUCGUGACGCUGGGGGUGGCCAUUGCGGGCUUCCUGCUGGGUGUCCCGCUCACCACGCAGGCGGGCAUCUACUGGCUCCUGCUGAUGGACAACUACGCUGCCAGCUUCUCCCUGGUCGUCAUCUCCUGCAUCAUGUGCGUGGCCAUCAUGUACAUCUACGGGCACCGCAACUACUUCAAGGACAUUGAGAUGAUGCUGGGCUUCCCACCUCCGCUCUUCUUUCAGAUCUGCUGGCGCUUCAUCUCGCCCGCCAUCAUCUUUUUCAUCCUGGUCUUCACAGUGAUCCAGUACCGGCCCAUCUCCUACAACGACUACGUCUACCCGACCUGGGCCAUCAGCAUUGGCUUCCUCAUGGCGCUCUCCUCCGUCAUCUGCAUCCCCAUCUAUGCCAUCUACAAAGUGUGCCGCUCCGAGGGGGACACACUGCUGGAGCGCUUGAAAAAUGCUACCAAGGCAAGCAAAGACUGGGGCCCAGCGCUGGCAGAGCACCGCAGCGGGCGCUACGCCCCGGCGUUCAGCCCAUCGACCGAGUCCCACCUGGAGGUGCAGCCCCUGCAGCCGGAGAAGGGCCGGAGCGAGGCAGUGGCUGCCUCCCCCGUGCAGGGCAGCAACGGCUCAGCCCACAGCCAGGAUUCCAGACUGUGACCCCCCACCGUCCCCGCACCCCCUCUAACCCUUCCCGCGCGGUGACACUUUCGCACCUUCCGCUGGCGGAGCCUGGCUCCGGGCCGCACCGGACCACGGGGGGCUCUCAGCGACCGUCCCCGAGACCCCCCACCUCCUCACCGGUUAACCCCCCUGCCCCCCCCCGUGGCGUUCGUUAACCCUCGUGUUUACGGUAACCUUUGUGCGCGACGCUGGGACAAGAGAGGAGGGGGCACAGCCCCGGGAGGGCCGGGAGCCAGAGGCACUUUGCAGGGGCCCUGCCCCGGGGGGAUGCACAGGAUGGGGGGAGCGGGAUGCCCCCCAGCUCCCAGCCCCCCCGCAGCCAGGCAGCCUGCGCCGCCGUGGGGCACCCUCCUGGCCUACCCACGGGGAUGGCGUGGGAUGGGACUGGGGCUGGGGCAUGCCAGGACUGCCCGUGGCCAUCCCAAGCUGUGUGUGCGCAUGGCCGUCGUGGCAGGGGCUGGCACUGCAGGGACCCCCCAGCCUGGGUGGUACCCGCUGUGGCUCAGAGCCUGCAGGGCCUGGUGUCCCAUGGGUGGCCGUGCCCAGGGACGGUGCCAGGCACCGGCCCAGCACAGGGAGAUGGGGGCAAGCACACUGCCUGCACCGGCAGUGGGAACUCAUGGCACAAGACAUAAGCACUUAGAGCACAC